UGCGCUCGCUCACUCGGCGACCAAUCGAUCACUCGGCGCUCGGCCGCGGGCCCUGCGGCGUCGCAGUCGCAAUCGCAAUGGCGGCGCUCAGCACGGGGCAGCGGUUGCUGUUGGAGCGGGGGGUGCAGGCGGUGCUGAGAGGCUGGGCCGCGCUGCAGCUGGCCGUGGAUCAGGGCUUCGGGGGCCCGCACAGCUCCGAGAAGGCCGCGUGGUUGGAGGGAGCGGUGCUGGAGUUCCUGAGCCAGAACCCUGAACUGGCCGAGGAUGAGGUGGAAGAUUUCCUGGCCGAGGUCAUGGACAAUGAGUUUGACACAGCCGUGGAGGAUGGCAGCUUGCGGCAGAGCACCGGGACCAGCAGUGACGAGGAGGAAGAGGUAAUGGAGUGCGGGACCCCCCCGGCCCCCUGCGAUGCUUGGACCCUGGUGCGAAGGAGAGGCCAUUAAGUGGGGGGGGUGGGAAUAAAGAGCCCCUUGUUGGGGGAUGCAAGGA